UACUAAGUCAGGAAGAAGCGUUGUCGUGUGUUCCGCUACCCAUUACUUACUCUCCAGAUUGUACUAAGUCAAAGGGUACCACAAGGGUCAAUAGUAACCCAUCGUCAAGGGUUCUUCUUUCGAAAAGUAAAUAG